AUGAGAAUUCUCGCCCAGUCCAUUACACACCUGUAUCCACGUCAAGUAGAGCACUCCAACAACAAAGUUGUUCUCUUGAUUGCCCUGUUUGGUGUCAUGAAGCUCAACUCUGUGCUUCAGUUGUUCUGUUUAUUUCCGGCUGCCGCAACUGCCUUCGUUGUCCCUGCUCCCAGGCGAGUUUCCCAUUCCUUUUUGUCGCUUUCGACUCAAGAUGGCUACAAUGAUGCUGCUGGUGGAGGCAGCAGCAGUGGUGGUGGAGCAUGGAAACUGGGGAACGAUUUUCCUCAAUUGCUGAACCAAUGCGCCAUUCAGUCCUUCCUGACCGUUGUUCGGAGCCUACGAGACCCACAAACCAUUCGAUGGGUACACAACUUCACACAGCCCGUUAUCCCUAAAAGCAAGAGUAGCAACGCUCGACUGACAGGCACCACGGAAGCAACCAAUGCCAUUACCAGUGAUACAAACGUAAAGAACCCAGAUGGCAAGUCCUACAGCAAGUUGCUCACCUACCAUGGAUUGGGGGUUAUGAACACUACCCUGUUCCCAACCUGGAAAUGUUACUUUGCAGAACUAUUGGAAAAGCCAAUGGAAGUGUUUGUGGUGCAGUCGUCGGGUAUUGAGGUCAAGGAUUAUGAAUUGGAUAUCAAUCCAGCUUCCUUGUGCACUCGAAUCAUCUCGGUCAGGGAGCAGAUUGCCGAAGAGUUUGCGCAUGACUUGGGCGUAAUGGCCAACAUGGGACAACAUACCAUGGAUAGCUACUGGGAUUAUCUCGACAAUCAGCUCGACGAGGACGAAGAUUACACUACUACAGACCAACUCACGCCAAUUGGAGUUGAUCGCAGUACUACAUCCAAUCCAGUCACCAUGUCAUCAGGAGCUGACGGCAGUCCAAGACGACUUCCACCACACAAUUUAGUUUUCUUGGAGUAUAGCCUUGACUCAAUGGGUGACAUGAUGUUUUCUCCGCUCCGAAAAGGAAACUUCGAUCUGGUUACCCUCCUAGCAACGCAGGAAAGCAUCCAUCGAAUAUUGAACAAGGACAACAACAGAGAGGAGAGUUUUGCAAUUUAUCAAAAGUAUCUACUCAACUUUUAUGUCGAACGACUGGAAACCCACUUCACCGGAAUCCAACGUUACGGCCGCGCCGAUGACUUUUUGGAAGAAUUGCUCUUUGCACCGCCGGCUUCCAGAGUGAGCAUGGAUGCUGGCUUUUCCGCAUUGGUCGAUCCUGUGACAGUAGCGGAAAUGAUACUCAAGGAAAGGAGACAAGUAGCUUUGGAAUGGCAAGCAAUGAGCAAAGAUGUGCCCAAUCAGCACAUUGAAAUCAAACGACUCCAACUGGACCGGCUUAUGCAAUCAUAUAACAAGCAGGACGUUCAAUAACAUAAGGAAAGCAGCAUUGUGCUAACUAGAGCUAGGUGGACUACAAGUCAAGUUUGCGAACUGUAAAAGUUGAUUGUCUGAACAUGGAGUCCAAGGU